UAAGCAAUAUGAAGACCUCAGUUUUUCAAAUCCAUCACGAGUUUUCAUUACAUGCUGAAUCGAGAUAACAUAAACAUUCCCGCGUCUCUCAAAGGAUACUUUUUGGAGAUUCUAAUAACUGAAAGAAAUGCAUUCGUCUUCCUUUCUUGUUGGUACCUCACGACAAGGAAGAGCAGUAAUAUCGAUUUAAAGGUUCAUCCACGUCACUGCUAACUGUGAAUCACUCACGUUGGUUUCUUUCAUGGCCAAAAAGCUGUUUGGUUUCCAGCAGUUAAGGCGAGCUUUCAGAAAUCUUAGUUAUAUUUUGUUGAUGUACAUAUCCUCCAUCAGCUUAACAUUUUAUAACAAAUGGCUAUUGAAGAGGUUUCACUUUCCUUUGUCUGUGUCAGUGGUACACUAUGCAAUGGUAUUUGUCAUUGCGGCAAUUUUGAGAUUCCUUUGGGAAUUAAAGACAGGGAAGACACGUAUUAUUUUACCCUGGUCUGUGUACUUAAAAAGAGUUCUACCCACAGCAAUAGCUUGUGCUCUGGACAUUGGGUUUUCUAACUGGAGCUUAAUGUUCAUCACAGUGUCAUUAUACACCAUGACUAAAUCUACAAGCAUUAUUUUCAUCCUCAUGUUUGCUCUUGUUCUCAGAUUAGAGCAUUGGAACUUUUCAUUGGUGGCUGUAAUCCUGUUAAUUGCGAGUGGCUUGUUUUUAUUCACUUAUGAGGCUACUGAAUUCAAUAUGGAGGGAUUUCUCUUGGUGUUAACUGCUUCAGCACUGAGUGGCUUACGAUGGACACUUGCGCAGAUUUUAACACAGAAAGAAGAUUUAGGUCUUCACAACCCCCUUGAUACACUUUAUCAUCUCCAACCUUUUAUGACAUUAACUCUGAUUCCCCUGGCAUUUUACAUAGAGG